GACAGCGUUCACUCCUAAUCAGAGCGCGGAUUCGUUUUCUGCGCUCAUGAGUUCCCGUUGACAAGUGGCACCAAGUUUCACAAAAGCCAGAGAUAUGAUUGGCUGGGGUCAAGAAAAUGAUUCGUCGUCGACGACUUCGUCGAAGUCCGACGUCGGUGAUCCGCGACGGCGAGACAGUCCUGUCGAUACUGAAGAGAUCAGGAAACGAAUUGUGGAGCGGAUCAUGGCGAAGAAACGGAGAGCCGCCGCAGAAGAGGGUCACCGGAGAGAGGAGUUGAGGAGGCGAUCAAGGGCGCCGCUCGCUGAAGUUUCCCAGGACGAUUCAGACAGAGACCCGAAUCAGAGAACAGAUUCUAGCGUUAGAAACUCGAGUUUUUCCCUAGAAACUUCGCAAAGGAGAGUCUCAAUCUUCACUUCAACACCCAUACCGGAUCGGGGAGAUCGAAACCGCCGGCCAACUCCGAGCGGCAAGCCUGCGGGGCCCAGCAGCAAACCAGCAGCAAGGCCCCCUAGGACAAGUGACAUCAGGGAAGAAGUCGCCGAAGAGGAUGCCCCGUCAACCUCGGGGUUCGCGGUUCCCAGCGGCAGAGCACCGGUUAGAAGCAAGCCCCGAGCAAUCAGCCCAGAGAACGUCGCAGAAGAGGAAUCUGCACCGUCUACGACACCGACUGAUGAACCCUCCGGGAAGAGGAGAGGUCGUCCGAAGAAGAACGAACCCAAACGGAGACCGAAGCCGCCCGCGAGAGCGGAACGAGAUCCUUCAUCAGAGCCACCGCUCUUCCCGCCGUCGGAUGAAGAAUCGCCUCCCGAGCCGCCUCCGCAGGAAGAGGAAGAAGAACCUCAGCCAGGACCCUCAACGAGUCGAGCGUCGACGCGCUCGACCACGAGACUCCCGAAACGAUCUGCGACAGAACCGUCGGAUGCGAGACCGUCGACGUCGAGCGCUUCGGCUGGUGUGCUCACCAGGUCGGCGGGCCAAUCGAGUCGCAGGAAAAAUACACCACAGAGUACCGUCGGCUUGACUAAACGCAUGUUCGACGAGAUGAAGAAACUUCAAAGCCACACCGGGUUUUUGAUACCGCGGCUGCCUUUCAUGCGAGUGGUCCGCGAGUUCGCUUCCAAUCUUUCUGCCGCCAACACGAACUUCCGGUUCACUGUCGAGGCCAUGGAAGCUCUGCAGACAGCCACGGAGUAUUACGUGACAAAUAUGUUCUCCGACGCUGUGAGGCUGGCGAAUCAUGCCAAUCGUGUCACUGUCAUGCCGAAGGAUCUGAACUUGCUUCGAUCGCUUAGACUCAUAGAUUAUUGAACUUCCAGGUGGGAACUCGAGAAUAACAAGUUUUUUUCUUUGUGAGAAUCUUAAAAUAAUUUUUGGGAGUGCGAUAGGGAGGCAUCUCGAAAGCUGACUUAUGACGAGAAUUGUGCUCGCUCGGAGUCGGAAGCAGCCUAUUGUCAGGCUUUUUUAUCGGGUUCAUUUGUUUGGGUUUAGUCAAAACUCUAAAGGGUCGGAGUCUUGAGUCAC